AUUUAAUAAUUUUCAUCUUUAUCCAUAAUAAAUAUUCUUAAAUCUUCUUAGUGGUAUUUUUAUUCAAAGCAUUUAAUAAAGACAAAAAUAUAAAAAAGAGCAUCUGAAAUGGACAAGGGUUCUAUAAAUAGGAUCAAUUUUUUUCUUCUCUCUCUACCCUAUAAAUAGAGCCAAGAGAAUGUAUAUACAUAUAAGCCAUGCUUCACAGAUCCAUUGCUUCAGUACUCUCAUCAAACUUAUUAGCUUCUCAAAAUGAACCCUAAUCGUUCUCCUUUUGAAUCAGUUCAACAUUACCUGAUUGAAGAUGAUCCUUAUUCCUUCAUGAUUCACAUGAAUAAUGGCUUCUUCACGGCGGCCGGGGACCCUACUUCCAACUUGAACUGCUACACGGCUUUGCCUGAUCAGGGUGCUAGUAGCUCCACUGGUACGGUGUUUUCCGGCGAGAAUGACCACACUGUGAAACGAGAUGGUCAUAAUUGGGUUAAUGGAAAUGAUGAAGGAUCUGUGGGGCGUGAGGAGAACGCGCCACCUACAUGGAGGAAUCUGAACUACGACUCUGCUUUGCCGGAGCAGGGUGUUAGUAACUCCGGUGGUAUGUCGUUUUGGGACGGGGAUAAUGACGACGGUAUGAAUUCAGGUGGUUAUGACGAUGAUAAGGUUAAUGGUAAUACCACAGGAUCUGUGGCGUGUGAAAAGAACGCGCCACCUCGAUGGAGGAAUUACCGAGGCGUGAGGCGGCGGCCAUGGGGGAAGUUCACAGUGGAGAUCCGGGACCCGAAGAGGAACGGCGCAAGGACAUGGCUUGGAACCUAUGAGAGCGGGGAGGACGCAGCUUUGGCUUAUGACAGAGCUGCUUUCAAGAUGCAUGGCAGAAAAGCCAAGCUCAAUUUCCCACACCUUAUUGGAUCGGAGCCGGCAAUAGUAGUCAUUGGAGAGAAGCGGGGCAGCUCGCCGGAACCUUUGUUGCCGUCAAACUGUACGACUGAGGAUGAUGGAUCUCAAGGACCAAGUAAGAAGAAAAGCCUGGCUGGUCUAUUGAACAAGUUAGCAACAAAUAGAAGCCAUGUCAGAUUCUGUUGAUACUAAAAAUCUAAAAUUAACAAACUGUAUCAUUCAUUUAAAGUAUCAUUAUCGAGUUUCGCGUUUAGCUUGUUCGUUGUCAUGUGCUAGAA